CGCAGUCAACCCAGAUCGACCAUUCCCUCCAAAGUCUAAUUAUGUAGCUUCGGUGAACGUACAGAUAAUGCGUAAAUCCGGACGCCUUGGCAUACGCCAUACGUCCGUCUGUGCAUUACCGUGAUCCCGAUAAGCUUCUCUGAGUUGUCCCUGCAACGCACCAUGUCCGUUCUGACUCGUUUGUGCCAUCUACAGAUUUGCACAGCUCUGGAGAGCUUUUGAUCACCGUGUACACGCGUUCGAUACAUGUUUUAUCUGACCUGCGCUCCUCGCGAACCAUUCUUUUUCUUUUUUAAAACUAGGCUCAAUCUAUUUCCUCGGGGUGCUCUGGAUAUCGCUUUAGUGUGCGAACGGAGUUGUCUGUACGUUACCGGAUUCACUACUAAACAAUGGAGAAACAGACAGCAACUGAAAUACGGGAAUAAACGGUUGACGUUGGGAGAGGAAUACACAAUUUAACGAGAGAUCUGGGAUAAUCGUCUGAUCUAGAAGUGCGUGUGGCCGUUUUCAGUUCAACUUGGUGGAAACUACACAAGGAUGGUGUGUUAGGACUCGGAUUCAGCAGCACAGGUCGGUGUGCAAAAGAAUACACCUUGCUCCGUUUCUCUUUUCUUUACAUGGCACAAGAAAAGAAGAUGUAUUGAAGCCGCAUAGGCUUUUAAAGCGCCUCCGUUUAGAAUUAAGUGGAAUCAAGGCGAAUGGAUACGUGUCCAGUGUUUAAGGUGAACAAGUGACCCAAUGAGGUGGAAUACUACUUUAGCGGAGUGCUGGAAGAGAAGUUACCUUGCCCCAGUUCUCCGAGAGCACAGGGAGAGACAGACAUCUCUGAUUGUUUGUUGCCAGUAGGGAGACGGGAAGGGUUUUCAAAGGCUGAGACAGUGGGCUUCUUCUUCAGAGCUUCUCAAUGAGGGCGUUACGAAAACAUUGGAAGAAAUAUUUUAAAGGUAUAAGCCUGCUGUGUGGGAGCGUUUGAAACCAAGGCUGGGAGAAGGAACCAUAUGGCACAAAACACAAUAUAGGUCCCUGCUUGUGAUUUAUCAUGGACAAAGUGCUCUGCAGCCUCCUUCUCCUGGGAUGUGCAGUGAUGAUGACCACCGCCUGCCCUAAAUAUUGUGUUUGUCAGAACCUGUCAGAGUCCUUGGGCACACUAUGCCCAUCCAAAGGUCUGCUUUUCGUGCCCCCUGAUAUUGACAGAAGAACCGUGGAGUUACGCCUGGGAGGAAACUACAUUAUCAAAAUUACACAGCAGGACUUCACUAACAUGACGGGCCUUGUGGACCUCACACUGUCACGAAACACCAUCAGCUUCAUCCAGCCCUUCUCCUUUGUGGAUCUUGAAACCUUGCGUUCGCUGCACCUGGACAGUAACCGGUUGACAGAGCUGGGCCCUGAUGCCCUGCGAGGCUUAGUGAACUUGCAACACCUCAUCCUAAACAACAACCAACUGACUCAUAUCUCCAAAGAAGCUUUCGAUGACCUGCUGCUCACCUUGGAGGACCUAGACCUCUCCUACAACAACCUGCGAGGCAUACCCUGGGAGGCCAUUCGGAAAAUGCUCAACCUACACCAGCUGAGUCUGGACCACAACCUCAUCAGCCACAUAGCUGAAGGCACUUUUACUGAUCUUGAAAAGCUGGCGAGGCUGGAUCUUACAUCAAACCGUCUCCAGAAGCUUCCGCCAGAUCCCAUCUUUGCUCGGUCACAGAGCACCAGUGUUGUUAGUACGCCGUUUGCCCCGGUCCUGUCUCUCAGCUUUGGCGGGAAUCCUCUUCACUGUAACUGUGAAAUUCUUUGGUUGCGCCGUUUAGAACGAGAGGACGAUAUGGAAACAUGCGCCUCCCCUCCUAGUCUGAAAGGUCGCUACUUCUGGUAUGUGAGAGAGGAAGAGUUUGUGUGUGAACCACCAUUAAUUACCCAACAUACCCAUAAGCUUUUGGUCCUGGAGGGACAGACGGCCAGUUUACGCUGCAAGGCAGUGGGUGACCCUAUGCCUCUCAUACACUGGGUUGCUCCAGAUGACCGACUAAUUAGUAACUCUUCCAGGGCUACAGUGUAUGAAAAUGGUACUUUAGACAUUAUGGUCACCACCUCUAAGGAUUAUGGGACAUUUACUUGCAUUGCUGCAAACGCUGCGGGAGAAUCAACAGCCUCAAUUGAGCUCUCCAUCAUCCAACUCCCCCACCUAAGCAAUGGAACUAACCGCACAGCUCAGCCAAAGUCCAGACUGUCUGACAUCACCAGCUCCACUAAAACUAGUAAAGGGGAGACCAAAGCUCAACCAGAACAGGUAGUGUCAGUGUCAGAGGUCACCGCGGUCUCUGCUCUGAUCAAGUGGACUGUAAACAAAGUGGCACCCAAAGUCAAAAUGUACCAGCUCCAAUACAACUGUUCGGAGGAUGAUGUCCUGAUUUAUAGGAUGAUUCCGGCGAUCAGCAAAUCCUUCUUGGUCAACAACCUGAUGCCAGGGAUGCAGUAUGACCUAUGCGUGUUGGCCAUCUGGGAAGACACCGCCACCACACUCACUGCGACGAACAUAGUGGGUUGUGUGCAGUUUGAGACACGUGACGAGUACCCCCGCUGCCAGUCACUGCGCAGUCAGUUUUUAGGAGGAACCAUGAUCUUGGUGAUUGGUGGAGUGAUCGUAGCCACUUUGUUGGUCUUUAUCGUCAUACUUAUGGUACGCUAUAAAGUAAACAGUGGAUUGCAGGUUGCAAAGUUGGUGACGGUGAGUAAUACCUACUCCCAGACAAAUGGGAGACAACAGGCUACACAGCGACUAAACAACGGUGCUCCUACACCGCAGGCUUCAAAGACUGUAGUGGUGAUGCGAGAUGAAGUGGUGGAGUUUAAGUGUGGCUCCUUGCAGAGUAGCAUCUCAUCCUCUUCAUCCUCCUCGGCUGACUCCCUUGGAAGUGAGAAAGUUGAGUCUUUCAACCGACAUGUGGAUUCUAGCACCUUGCCAAACAGGUGGAAGCAGUCGUCAUCUAAGGCACGGCCAAACCUGGAUAACCUGCUUGGGGCAUUUGCUUCUCUGGACUUAAGGGUUCCCGCAAGAGAUCCGGGAGGACCAUCUUCUUCAGGGACCAUGGCGAUGGGCAUGAGACCACCCACUGACAAGGAGCCUCUGCUAGGCCGGGGAGAUUCCACGCUUGGGAAGCUUGUAAUGCUGCCAUCAGAGAACAAGCCCAAGCGUAGCCACUCAUUUGACAUGGGUGACUUUGGUGCUUCACAGUGCCUUAGUUACCCACGACGCAUCAGCAACAUUUGGACUAAGAGGAGUCUCUCGGUCAAUGGUAUGCUCCUGCAGUGCGACGAGAGUGAGGGGGAAGGGGAUAAGCCAACGUUUGAUAGCUCUGAAUGGGUUAUGGAGAGUACAGUCUGACAGCGAUAAUGGAUUAGCUCUGCCAAAAAAAACAAAACAAAAAACAAACCAUUCUCUGAACUCGUCAUGUGAAAAAGACACAAACUUGCUGCAUCAUAUGACCUCAAGAAGGACUCAAAUGGCUGUAAUAAAAAGACACGUCAGCAGUGGCCAUGUCAGUGUAAUGCAUGAUUUUCCCAUGUCAAUAUUGUCCUUCUGUUCAUUUGAUCCAAAAGAAGUUCAAAGAUUUGUGUCCGAGCUAGGCGAGCAGCCGAGGCCAGGGCUGGCCCUGUUUAUUGAGAGCUGGAUGAAGGAUAUCUCCAGUUGCCUUCAAACAUUAAAGCAGAUAUGAAUAAAUACCAAGAACAAGGGAUACGGGGGUAUCUCAGAAAAGCAGGGGGAAUAAAAGAGAGAAUUUAUCCGACUGUGCACUGCAGUUUGCCAAGAGGAUUUUCUUCAGCUAAGUGGAUGUGCAUCACAAUGGACCAAACGUUCCCAUGAGACAGGACUACAUCAUUUAGAAGGUGAAAAAAAAAAAUGCAAAUGUAAUGAAUUUUUGUAGGUUAUUUUCUUUUGUUGUCGGUUUUACUCUUUUAAGUAAAUUCUAGUGUUGCCCCCCCUGCAUUUUUCCUGAACAACUGGAGAAUCCAGUACAGCCUGUCAUAGAUAUUUUACACUGAAGAGAAAUACAAAUCUAAAAUUCUGAAUGAUUUCUUUGCCAUAAUCAAAUCUGCAAAUUCAAUCUGCUAAUCGUCUAUGAUGUUUCUUGACAUUAUGUGCCUCUUUUUCAGUUUAUCAGUGCAUCUGUAACAUUUGUUUUUAGUUUCAGAGUUUUAAAGCUGACUGUCGUCUGAUCAGAUCACUGCAAUUUUAUACGGCACAGUAAAAGUCAGUCUGUUUGAGUUACAUAUUAUUUAUACAAAAAGAGAUAUUUACUACAUAUGAAAUACCCAACCAAUACUUUGCACACCCAACCAAGAACAGAAUAUGUUUGAUGUCCCUUUUGUCUACCCUUUUUAAAAAGUAAAAGUAAAAAAAAAAAAGUUUACAAAUGGUAUAUACAUAACAAUUUUUUAGACAUGGUACCACUGUAAUACAAUAGUAUUCUUCAAAGUACCAUGUUAUAUGACUAUGUGAAUAACUGAUUAAAUUAAAUUUCGCAAGUAUAUUCCAAGGGUAUGAUUAUACCCUUGGAACAUGCUUUCAAAAUAAUGUUUGAUUAUGAUUUCCUGAUUUUAAUGAUGGUAAUUGCCCUCUCAAUGAUCAUUUUCUAACACUUUAACUAUGUAUCCAUUCCCUCUUUAAGACUAGUUUGUUAGUGUUGGUGAUUUACUUUUGUACUUUCCACAACAAGCCCCUCAAGACUUAAGCCAGGAAUAUAGGUCAGAGUGUUAUGCUAGACAGUAUGUUUCAAAAGACAUUUAGGACAGGAUCUGGAUCACAGCUUUGUGUAGAAACCUUCAUUAGUGCCAAAUGGUAGUGGCAAGCUUAAUUUCUGGGGAAAAACUGAGCUCCUUUAUCAUCAUUGUGCCCUUGAGCGAUGGCACUUAACCUCAGGUUGCUCCAAGGGGACUCUCUUGGUAUUAGUGCAGUGCUAGUUGAUUUGGAAGAAAAGUGUUGGUUAUAUGAUUAUUAAACGACAAAAGAAAAUGUUAAAGACCUUGAUGAAGCAUGUAUAGUCAUUAUCUCAGAUUUCACAAUUUCAAAAUGUGGUGAUACUUUCUAUGAACAUAUCUAUAGUGCAUUUUUUAGUAUAUUUGCAGGCGUAAACAUUAAGGCUAUACAACUAAAUACUGUUACUGUCUUGCAUGGGGGAGGGGGGAUAGAGGCAGGCAAUUCGAAAUCAGAAUUGGAUUUUGUAAGGUCAGGUUUCUGUGACCUUUCCUUUAUCUUGUCCCUAAA